UACACAAUACUAGCGGCAGCGGCCGUUCCCAAGGGUUUCGUUGACGCCAAAGCGGUGGCCGAAAAGGUUAUUGAAUUCAUUCAAUUGGAUGAAAAUGAUUUUCGAUUCGGUUCUACAAAGGCUAGUACUAUAUGUCCUCAACCAUCGGUUUAUUUAUACACAAUCCUGGCCCCGACUAUCCUUCCCAAAGGAUUUGUUGACGCAAAAGUAGCCACAGAAAAGUUAGUCAAAGCCACUAACAUAGACGAGGGGGAGUACCGACUUGGAAAUACCAAGAUCUUCUUCCGCGCGGGAGUGUUGGGACGUCUGGAGGAGAUGAGAGACGAGCGGUUGGGUAAGAUCCUGACAUGGCUUCAGGGAUGGAUCCGCUGGUAUCAGGUGAAGAAGAGCUUCAAGAAGCUUCAGGAACAGCGAAUCGCUCUUCUCGUGAUCCAACGAAAUUUGCGCAAAUUCUUGACUUUGAGGAACUGGUUGUGGUGGAAGUUGUACUCCAAAGUGAAGCCACUGUUGAAUGUGGCGCGAGUUGAGGACGAACUCAAAGCACUGGAAGAUAAG